GAACGGAAUAUAGAAAAAUAUAUAAAUAUGUUUUUGCUUUAAAGGAAGACCCAGCAUGAAAGACAAACCCGGGCCGAGGGCUGGCAGACCUGAUUGUCACAGUCUGAUUGGAUAAGCUACUCAGUGUUCAUCUUUAGCAAUAUCAUUAUUAUGAUCGAUAAAUAGGAGCUGAUGUUUGCUUCAUCUAUUUGUGCAUUAGCAGAUCGGUUAACAAAGGGCGACUUCAUAUAGAUAUUGUGCAGGAGUGCAUAUAGAAAUUGAUCAGCUGUGCAAAUGCAAACAAUUGGGAGGCGUGUGUGUCCAGCUGAUCAAGUAUUUGCAUAAUCGCCGAUCAUUAGAUCCCAUUAUGCAUGGCCCGAUACUUCCUCAAUGGGAAAGCGAAAGUGUUAAUGCCAUUUAACGCCCAUUGACAAUUACAAUGGACGCAUUCUCCACAGGUUUGCGCCAAAGAUGAACGCAUCGAAGCUAUUUUUUGUACGUUUUUCGUUUUGCCUUUAACUUUUCGGGCUAUUAAGUUGGGGUUCCGGCUUGGGUUCUAAGGCAUUUGGUACUGAGGUUGCGUUCGGUUGAGUCGGUUGCUCAUCAAGCAAUUCACACGUUUGACCAAUGUCCGCCAAAAGGGCAACAGGGGUGCCAGAACAAUAGUCGGGCAUUGUGCCCGCCCUCAAACGUGUUGGCUAUAAAUGCCCGACGGCGGUCAGCAAAGUUCAACAGUCAGCCGGCACAAGGUGUCCAGUCAAGAGCAGAUUAAGCCAGCAGCAGAGCAACAUUCGUGGAUAAACUCAGCCUCGAUUCCGUAAACAACAUGAAGAUCUAUGCCCUAACUUUGCCCGUGCUAUUGGUGGCCACUCUGUUGGCGCCCGGCGAGGCGACCUUCAGCAAGCUGGGCCUGGUGCUGGGCGGCGCUGGCGGCGGCUAUGGCGCUGCCUAUCCAUAUGCGGGCGCCGGCUAUGGCGGCGGCUACGGUGGAGGCUACGGCGGAGGCUACGGCGGAGGCUACGGUGGAGGCUACGGCGGCGGCUACGGCUAUGGCAAUGAGAAUGUGGUCAAGGUGAUCAAGGUAUCGGUGCUGCCAAGCGGUGGCUAUGGAGGCGCAGGCUAUGGCGGCGGUUAUGGCGGCGGUUACGGCGGCGGCUUUGGAGGCGGCUAUGGCGCUGGUUACGGCAGCGGUGGCUUUGUGGGCGCUGCGCCAGCCAUAUCAACAUCGGCAGUGGUCACGCCCGUGGUCACGUCUGUGGCCACGCCGGUCAUUGCCGGCGGCGCUGGCUAUGUGGGCGGCGGCGGUUUUGGCGGUGGCUAUGCAGGCGGCGCACCACUGCCGGCUUCUUAUGGCUUUGGCGCUGGCUACGGUGCCGGCGGCGGCUUUGGACUUGGAUUCGGUGCGCCUGCUGCCUUGGGCGGUGGCGGCUGGUGCUAGAAAACGACUUGUUUAUAUUUUCUUAAAUAUAUACUCAAUAAUUUUUUUUUUUUUUUAAUAUAAACGAAUGUAAUAUAACAAGAAAGAACUUUGUAAGAAAUUAAAUAUGUAAAGCGAGCCAUGUAAAGUAGAUUUUAUGCGUAGCAUUUUUAAAGA